CUGUUCCCCGAGACACUGACAUGGGAAAAUCACUCUCUCACCUGCCUAUGCAUACAUGCAAGGAAGAUGGCUAUGAUGGAGGCACGGCAUCUGAUAAUAUGAGGAACAGGUUAGUUCACUCAGAAUCACACAACGAAGAUGGCAGAUGUGGAGAUGUAUCACAGUUUCCCUACGUGGAAUUUACAGGAAGAGACAGUGUCACCUGCCCAACUUGCCAGGGAACAGGAAGAAUUCCACGAGGGCAGGAAAAUCAGCUGGUAGCAUUAAUUCCAUACAGUGAUCAGAGACUGAGGCCAAGAAGAACAAAGCUCUACGUGACUGCUUCUGUAAUUGUAUGUUUACUCCUUUCUGGGCUGGCUGUAUUCUUCUUGUUUCCUCGCUCAAUUGACGUUGAGUACAUUGGUGUGAAGUCAGUAUAUGUCACUUAUGAACAGGGUAGACAUAUAAUAUAUCUAAAUAUUACGAACACACUAAAUAUAACAAACAACAACUAUUAUUCUGUUGAAGUGGCAAAUAUCACAGCCCAAGUUCAGUUUUCAAAAACAGUUAUUGGAAAAGCACGUCUGAACAACAUCACCAACAUUGGCCCUCUGGAUAUGAAACAGAUUGACUAUAUGGUGCCCACAGUUAUACAAGAUGAAAUGAGCUAUAUGUUUGACUUCUGUACUUUAGCAUCUAUUAAAGUGCAUAACAUUGUAGUGAUGAUGCAAGUCACAGUGACAACCUCUUAUUUUGGCCACUCUGAGCAAAUAUCCCAGGAGAGAUACCAGUAUGUGGACUGUGGAGGAAACACAACCUACCAGCUGGGCCAGUCAGAAUAUUUAAAUGUACUUCAGCCUCCGCAAUAAAAGCACCUGUUGGUUAGUGUGGAAUGACUGCUGUUGAUGCUUGCAGAGAUCCUUUGAAUAGGACUGGUACUACGUGAAGGGGAGAGUAUGUGCAUGUAAAGCAUAGGAACAUGGUGACCUGUUCACUUUAGAUGCAAGGAGGGAAGAGGUGCAAAAUGUAUAUAGGUGCACUUGUUAAAUGUUGUGUUUUCCCCUUCUGUUAGCUUUUUAUUGCUGUAAGCACUUCUGUCAAGUUGUGUGGUGGGAGGGAGAGGGGGAAUAUCAGAUUCUUGAACUGGGACCUUUCCUUACAGUGUGGUACAUCAACAUAGAGUAACUGUGUGUAUGUCUGUGUUUAGGUGAAAUGUGUCACUAAUAAGCACUUUAGAGAAAUUUAAUACUUACAAAUUUUUUUAUACUUCAGUUCUUGAUAUUUGGCUAUUGAAACUGGCAGUAUUACUACUUAAGUAACAAGAUUACUUUGAGGUAUCUGGGUGUGAAACUUAUGUUAGCAAGCCAGUAGUAAUAGUUCUUUAUUUUGGGAUUCUACUUUUAAUUUGCUAGACAUGAUUAGGGGUGACAUGCAGCCUGUUGAAGCCAGGAAAACUCUCUUGGAUGACACUAUACUUGAAUGUGCAACGUCUAGGUUCUGGCAUCUUUUCAUUCAUACUCCCUCCUGCUACCUCUGGGACAUUAGAAGAAGAAUGUGUGUUGUUAAAUUUAAAGUUGGGUUUAAAAACAAAACAAAAACCAACCCCCCAGGAUCAUUACUGACAAAGGAAAAAAUCUAGACUAUAGGAAAUAAAUGGGUAAGAACUUUAGCAGUGUCUCUUUACCUUGUUUUUGAGUACAGCUAUUAAAGUCAGGAUUGUGCAGUUGGAACUAGGUGGGAAACUGUUUGAGCAUGGGUCUGGGCAGCUUGAUGUAAAUUUUCAUCAUUUUUACUGUUUUAAUAUGCUGUGUAUUUAAGCUACUUCUAAGUGUUAAUAUGUUGGGGUGUGUAUAUUUAGUGUACAGACUCGGUAAGCGAUGUGGUAGUUACCUGAAUCUCCAGAGCACUCAGUUCACAUCAAAGCUAUGUAAGGGAGAAUAAAACAACUCUUGCUGCAAGAGUAAAUGCUGAUGUGAUCAUGAGACUGACUUACAAUGAAGAUGUUAAAUAGUUUUAGUAGGAUAGUUUGCACAGUGAGAAUUUCUGGAGUUAUCAAAUAUGCGAUUGUAAAUUUUGGGGUCCAAAUUUGCUUGACUUAUGAAGGCUGACUGUUCUGAGGGUUAGGUACAAAACUGUUUCAUUAACUAGAUCAGGAUUUUUUUAAUUUCUGAAUUAAGAUGUAGCUGUAAGAAGCUACUAUUGAGACUUAUGUUUAAUGCAUUUUUUUUUAAAUUGAUGUUAUGGUUUUUAUGCUGCCUAUCUCCUGGAAAUAAGCUAUAUAAAAUGAAUUAGCAAUAAACACUAUGAAAAAGGCUGCUGAAUAACUUUUUGCAACUAACAAUCUCUUAUGCUUCAAUAUUUCAGCGAAAGUACAUGUCUAUAUUACCCUUUUUCUUUUUUGGCCUUUCUUAGGUGGACCUGGUUGCAUGGGUGGGGGAAAGAAUAUCAGUGUUGUAAGACUGCUUUAAAAGAAAUUUAAGUAACCAAACAAAAAAGCUUUCCUGUUUGAAUUGCUAUGAGCACUUAUUCUAAACGCCUGUGAAAAAUUUCAGAACCUGAACUGUUGGUUCAUAUAAUUAAGACGAAGAUGUCAGCUUUGGAGAACUUCUGGAACUGGAAUAGUCUAUUCUGAUGACUUACUGUAGCUACAUGCUGAAAAUUAUUUGUGAAUCUGGGCGCUUAAAACUAAACAUUCUUUAUUAUAGCUUAUAAUCGUAAGGGAAGCUAGUUCACAGUUGAUUCUAAUCUGCCUAGAGCAUAGAUAGUGUUCAGUCCUGUGGCUGAUAAAAUGCAUGCGGAAGCUUUUCUGAUAGUCUGAGAAGAUGCAGGUGGUAUAAGUAAAGACCACGAUGGUGGAGAGCUGGCUAGAAGCAGAGAGGUAAAUUCUUUGUGUUAUCUCUUGUAGUAAGAUUUGUUUAUAUUGGAGAACAGGGAGAAAAUUCUGGUUUAAAUCAUGUCAGAUCUGAAGUCAAGCAGCAAGUGAUACAGGUUUUCUCUUCUAGGCCAAAGUGUUUACACCUAGAGUGUUGGUUUUGUUUGAAACUUGUUGUUUGUUUUAAAGUAGAAAAAGAAGAAAAAAGAUCUAGGCAAAUAUUUAUAUCAACUUAAAUUUUUCUUCAAAGGAUAAAGGUAGUUAGAAUAACUAGAGUGGCACAAUGAUAAAAUUGAUACGGCUUGAACAAGCAUGGCAGGGGAGAUUACACUGUUGCACAGUGAGACUCAGACUGACCUUUGAAAGUUUGGCAGGCAUGCUGAGCGAAAUAUAUAAAUCUGGGUUUUAAGUUCCAUGAAAUGCUUGGUAUUGUCUAAUUUAAAGAAUUACAAGUGGAAUCAUUCAUUCCAUGUAUGUGGCAGAAGGGGGAAGAUACAACUCCUAAUGUCUGUCAUCAGGGGUAUCUAAUGGCUAUGAAUCUUAACACCAUCAAUUUGUAGUAGACUUACUGAAAGACUGAGUGUUCUCAUUUAAAAAGAAAGUAAAGGGUGGAAUAAAGACCCUGUUGGUGAAUCCUCACCUUAAGUCAGUUACAGGAGCAUCAAAGGCUUAAGAUUCUGCAAGUGCUAGUAUGUUCUUGCAAGACUGUCAGCAUAUUGCUAACCAAACAAAGCAAGUAUUUGGAUUUAACUACUAAGUUUAAUAUAACAUCUUGUCAGAUAAGCAGGUAAGCAUCUGUUUGAAUACUUAACUUAGACUUCAUUUCUGUGGCUGAGCUUGGAAACAUGCUAAGGGAGGAAGGGAAGUCAGUAUUAACUUGUAUAACUUUAUAAAACUAUGAGGGUAGAUCCAAAUGAUAGACCUGUAAUCAUUUCACACUUACUUAUCUUGAUUGUAAAAUAAAAAAAGCAAGCUUUUCAGUUCACUGUAAAUCAGUAAGUGCAAAUUCUUUUCCAGAAGAUCAGCUUAAAAUGUAAAUUUUUUUCUAGUUAGUUUUCCUGGUUGUAAGAUGAUUUCUGAAUGACUUCGGAGUGAUUCAUAUAUCAGUUGCAACUUCCCCAUAAUCUUCAAAUACUGUCAAAUACAUAUAUACUGGCAUUGUAUUGUUGUUUUUCAAGGGAUUUAUUUCUAGUAUAAUUUUUUUCAUUUGAAUUACUUGUAGCAGUUCUGUACCAAAAUUUGUUGCACUUCAAAAUGGAAGCUCUGUUAGUUAUCUUUUAAAACAGUGGCCCAGGUGUUGCACUGUAAUGGCACAAUUGGAAAAUGUAAUGUAUUCUGUAUAGAAUAACUGUAAAACUAAGGAAUUAUAACAAGGUAAACUAAUAAGGAAUGCAUGAAAAUGUCAGCUAUUUGGCCAUUCUGACAUGGAG